AUGAAUUUGGAUUCAAAGGAAUAUUCAGUUGAGAAACAUUGGAAAUAUAUAUAUGUUGUGAUACUCUUCUUCUCUUUAUGUUCAGCUUCAGUCAUACCUAUAAUUUACUUAUACUCUCCAAAAUGUAGACACCAUCCAGCAUAAAUUGUUCUAAUAUUAUGUAGGAUCUCUUAUAUUUUAGGUAUAUUGGAAAUGAUAACAUGCUAUUAAUGGUUUUUAGAUAGUGUUCAUUUUGAAGAGUUGAUUGAAUUUUUGAACAAACUCAUAGGUUACAAUAAAAUAAGAGAAUAUUAUUUAUUUGGUUAAGGUGAGAUAUCUGAUGAAACAUUAUGUUCAAUAAAUUAGAGUCUCAUAUUCUUUGGAUUCUUAGCACAACUAAACUAUUAUGCAAUUCUAACAUUAGAUUUCAUACUAACCUUAACGAAACCCUUCUGGAAUACUAAAAUGAAAUUGCUUACAUAUAAUUUAGGCGCAUGUUUAGUGACAAUAACUAUGUUUUGUUUUGUAACACAUUCUCUUCAAGGAAAUUGUCACGGAAUUAAUACUAGGAAAGUUUCUGAAGUCCUUAAAGUCUAGUUGCUGGUAAUAACUAUACUAUUAGCGAUAUCAUUUUAUGUGGGUAAAAAGGAUCUUAAUAGAAUGAAUAAAAUCAAUAUUGACGUUAAAGAAAACAGGAAGAAAUUGUUUUACAAUCAUUUAGUAUACUAAUUCAUUAACCAAUUUAGUAUUUAUUUUUCACUCUGUUUAUACUGUGGAGUUUGCCCUAAUUAAUUGCCUUAUUAAGUAAAUAUGAAGCAGCACAAAAAAUAUUGAAUAGAAUCUAUAUAGCCAUAAUGUUAUUGCAUCGUAUCACUAUAUUUUAUAAAGCUAGCAACCAUUUUGUUAUAGAUUCGACUUCGAGAACCUUACUUUAGGAGUAGAUUUUUACUUUUACUUGCAACAAUAUUUUGCAGAAGGAGGUGGAAAGAAAACAAAGAGUAUAGUAUAUGGAUGAUAUUAUAGUAAAAAUGUUGAUGAUAGCAUAAUGGAGUAAUGUUAACUCCCACUUAACAAGCUAGUUUAAGUUUAAACUAACCAAGAGACAGUUUCUAAUAUUUUAAGUUCAAUUCUGAAAGUUGUGAGUUAUGAUGAGAGAAUUACAGAUUUACAUCAACAGUGUAAAUACAAGAGGUAAUUCAGAUUUUCACCUGAUAAGAUGGAUUAAUUUUAAAUUAAUUAAGAAUCUCCUUUAUUAAAUUCAAUAGAUUACUCAUUUGAAUUAACGUUGACAUUUUAAAUCUAAGAGUAUGCUCCAGCAAUAUUUUAAGAUAUUAGAGUGAAAAAUGGCAUUACUUAUGAAUAAUUUCAAAAAUCAUUACGACUAGAUUAUAAUUAGGAUCAAAUCAAAAAUACUUAAGAAUCUCUAGGGAAAAGUGGAUCAUUCUUCUUCUAUACUUAUGAUAAUGCUUUUGUAUUGAAGACAAUUAAAUAGUCAGAAAUUAGGCUAAUUUAAGAGAGUAUGUUAUUGUGUAAAUUUUAUAGUUUUGGAAGACUAUUAUAAAUAUAUAGUUAACAAUUAAACAUUCCUGGCUAAAUUUUAUGGAAUGUUUUCAAUUAGCAUAGAAGGCUUCUCUUAGAUUCAUUUAUUACUUAUGGAAAACAUAUUUUAACAAAUACCUGAUCAAAGAGUGGUUUAUGAUUUGAAAGGGAGUCUUGUGAAUAGGAAAUAAAGUGUCAAAUGCAGUCAAGUUGUUGAUCUUACUAGUUCUUAUGCAUAAUAUUUACCUUCACAAGGAGUUUUAAAGGAUCAAAAUUUCAUUAAAUCUACAGACAUAUUUAUUGAGUUGAAUUAAUAAAAUAGAGAUGCUUUGUUUACAAUUCUGAAGGAGGAUAUUGAAUUCCUACUUAAAAACAAUAUCAUGGACUAUUCCUUGCUUAUUGCUGUAUGUAACUCUAAGAUUUAAGACGAAAAUCGCAUAUACUGUAAUAGUAUGAAAUGCUAUUGCUUUGGUCUAAUAGAUUAUACAUAGCAGUUCACUCUAACAAAGAAAUUAGAGUCCUUUUACAAGUUUUAUCUUAAAAGAAAGGGUUAACAUAUUUCAUGUGUUGAUCCUUAAUUUUAUAGUUAAAGAUUUAUUUCAUUCAUUAAUAGUAUAAUAGCUAUUAAUGAUUUUGCAUGA